UCAGCAUUCAAAGUAAAAUGAGAAGCCGUUGGAAAGGUCGGCGUAAAACCAUCAAACAACCAUGCUCAGUUGCUGGCCGCUCGAAACGUCCGUGUCGUCAGGAACCACUCCAGUGUCGGCUAUGUUUACGGUUUCUAUCGCAAGAAGAAUUAUCGGAAAUAUUCCCCAAUAACGAUACCAGCAUUCAAGAGGCCAUCAGUGCUGCCGUUUCAAUCGAGGUAACACAGCAGGACCGUACCGUUCGGAUUUGCCAUUCUUGCCUGAACCUGGUGCUCACGGUGAAUGAUUUUCGGAUCGUUUGUGAGAAAAGUCAACAAUUGUUUGCACAAGGCGAACAGCCUGAAUCAGGUGCCGAAUUUUGGACCGAUCCGACUGAUCGAGAAGUAUUCGUAAAAUGUUUUACGUUAGUGCAACAUUGUAAGGAUAGUAUAGAAAAGCAGUACGUUAAUUGUGGGAGCUUUUCCAACAAUUUACCUAACCAGAGAUUUGAUUUACUGACGGAGCACGGUCAAGAAAGCAGAAACGAGAGCCAGCAACCAGAUCUGCAAGUCAAAUGUGAAGUAGAUGUAUGGCAAGUGGAACUUAAUGUUGGUGGUAUUUUAGAAAACAAUCCAUGCGGAUUGAAAUCAGAGCAAGAAAAUCAAUCUGUAGAGCAUUCAUACUGCGAUGACUCUAUUGACGGUGAUUUGAACACACCGGAACGGGAACUAAAUUCCAGGAACACUAUCUCAGAAAAUGAAAACCGAAUAGUUGACAAGAAAACCAACAAAGACAGGAAACCAGAUUUUGUAACAAAAUCUCAGCGACCGAAAAGAGCAUGCCAACUAGCUCUACUCAAAGCACUCGAAGAGCAGUCGAAGCGUAAGGGCCGAAAACCGAAAGAACCCAAGAAAAAACGAGGACGCCCCAGAUUAUCAGCUCAAAUUUGCGAAAUUUGCGGUAAAUCAGUAAAACGCUUAGCCGAAGAGCAACAUCGGAACGAGCAUCUCGGAGUGCGACCGUAUCGUUGUACGAUCGAAGGUUGCACGGCUACAUACUACAGUAAGAUCAGUCUACGCAGCCACCUGUAUAGGCACACCCAUACCGAGGCUGUUUACGAUUGUGACAUUUGUGGAGCGAAAAUCAAAGGUAGAAGCUCUGUGCGACGACAUCGGAGGAUGCACACCUCGGAGAGGCCGCACGCUUGCGACAUCUGCGGGAAGCGUUUCUGGCGGCGGGCCUAUCUGGCCCAUCAUGCGACCGUACACACGGGCAUCGCAAAGUUUCCCUGCCAGUACUGUGGGUUUGUGUUUAAGAAUAAGAACUGGUGGGCGUUUCACAUCAAACAGAAACAUGUGAACAAAGGGAAGGAACUGAGGUUAGAAGGGCCCGAGCCUCCACAGGAGCACGGGGAUGUUCCGGAGGAUGGGAAUGAAAUUAGUAUCGGACAUAUUAAAUUGGAACGAAAAUGAGUUUAACAAUUUCUCCACAUGUUGCGAUUAUUAUUGAAACAUGUUUAGAAUGAAGUUUUCAAGAUAAAAUAUGGUCAAAACUACGUGGCUGAUAGGUUGGUACUAUAUUCAGCUCUCUUUAGUAGAUUGUAGGUCAGGUUAAGUUACUGUUACUUCUAUAAUCUUAAUUUCGAAUUAGAACAAUUCCUAACUAUACCAGUGUCCAGAAGCCAAUACUUGUGAUUAAACACACAGUGUAUGAUGUAGAAUCAUUCCUUUCAAGUGCUUAAGAAGUAUCGAGUGUAUG